AUGGAGGAUGAACUAGAGAAGUUGUGGGCAGGUUUCUCUCUCACUGAUCGGGAGAAACAGGAAGUGGUAAUGCCAACGUUAGAUAUUCAUGAGUCAAUGAAAAAAGGGAGACUUUGUCUCUUAGCACAGGUUACUGCAAAUAAAGUUGUCAAUAGAGAAGCAUUCAAGUCCACUAUGUCAAAAGUGUGGAAACCAGAGGGGUGGAUUCGUUUCAAGGAGAUUGGAGAAAAUCAGGUCCUUUUGGAAUUUCAGAAGGAGCAAGACAAGGGUAUAGUGAUAGCUGGGAGACCAUGGUCUUUUGACAGGAUGUUGGCAUGCCUUGAAGAGUUUGAUGGUUGCACACCAUUAAAAGAAAUCCCGUUUGCUUUUGAAGUAUUCUGGGUGCAAGUUCAUGACUUGUCCCUUGCAUGCAUGACAAAGGAUGUGGGAGUCCAGAUUGGAGAACGUAUAGGGACAAUGUUGGACGUUGAAGUUGAUGGAAGUGGAGUGGGAUGGGGCCAGUUCUUAGAUAUAAAGGUGGUGGUGGAUAUUACAAAAACUUUAAUUAGAGGCAAAUUUAUUUCUUUUCAACAGAGACAGUUAUGGCAUCCUCUUAAAUAUGAAUGUCUUCCUAUGCUCUGUUUCCAUUGUGGCAUUAUCAAACAUGCUAAGAGAAGCUGUCAAAAAGAUGAUCAGGCCACAAGACUGUCAGAGGGGAGUCAACCUCAGUAUGGUGCAUGGCUACGUACAAAUCUGUCAAAGAAUGUUGGUAGCUUCUCUAGAACAUACGGGGGAGUCCCAGAUCAGCCACCUCAGGACAAUUGGCAACGGUGGAGGUCUGGCGAGGAGAUUCUCAAGGUAAGUGGAAGGGAUAUCACGAAUUCUCAACAACAUUCAAAUGAGAGGGAAUCUUCUAAAUUUCAGGCAAAUGAUGUUGGUUUAGGAAAGAUUGCCAAUUCUGAAGGAUCUAUUUUUCAAAAAAGAGAGGAAAUUGUGGUUGACAAGGUGGAACCAAAGAAGGAAGCUCCAUACUUAGAGGAAAUCAUGGAUAAUUUAGGGAAGAUUUCUAAAUCAGAAUGA